AAUAUAGAUUAUUUUUUUGUUAUGUUUUUUAUCUAUCAACUUAUAAGAAUUAUGUAUUACCUGAUUGAAGAUGGAGAUUGGAGAAGUGAGAUCUUGUUCAUGAAUUCUAUAAAUAUUUAUAUUGACAAUAGUACAUAGAUUGAUUGAAUUCGCUAAACGAAAUUUGUAGACAGAACAAUGAAAAAUUUGAGAAGUAGACAACAUGGCUUCUUCUACGGUCUCUUUUUCUGACCACGACCAUAUCUAUUUUUAUCACUCUUAUUUAGAGUUAGAAGAAGUUGGAUUUGGAAUAGAAUAAAUAGUCUAGUUAGAAAUGUUGACAAGUGGGCCUGGGUUAUAUAUUUGCGUGUGGGGUAAAAACAAUUAUGGCAGUGGGAAUCUGCAGCAAAUUGUCUGCGAGAAGUUUCGGAAUGAUGUAGCCAUUGUUCGCGCAGCCUUGCGAUACACCUCAUUUACCGCUUUCCAGCAUGCGGGUGAUGCAAUAUAAAAAGAUCGGGCGAAACUAAUGCAAUUUAUCACCGGCAGUGAUUUAGUGGAUCCUCCAGAGCCUUUACUCGACAUGGAAUUCGUCCAGUUUGCCGAUGAUUCCAUCGAGCAGGAUCGAGACCUCAUCGUGGAGGUAUUCCGAAGAGUAAAAGAAUAAAUUAUAUUACAGUAAGGCCAAUAACGGGCUUCGAGUUGCUCGAGUUGCCGAAGCGAAGCGUUCCAUUUUUGGAACGAGUUGCCACGAGUUGCGAGAACAAGCUAGCUGCGUCGAAAUGGUAGCGAAGCAGGGCGAAGCGGGCGCAAGAGAAUCGCGGCGACCCGAUAUGGGUCAAAAAAGCCUUAUUCUAUUAUCUGCAAUCAAGCAGGACCGAGACCUCAUCCUGGAGGUAUUCCGAAGAGUAAAAAAGUGAUGUGUUUAAGUUUCAUCUUUAAGGAUUAUACGGAGUCUUUUUACUAGGUUCAUAAAUUCCCAAUCUGAAUUAAUACCGUGGACACACUGGAGAGGCGAUACUCGUCUUCCGCUCACUCAGCCCCACUGCGGGAAUGGGUUUAUGCGCAGACAAAGACAUUUUCCUUGCGGCGUUAGCGGGAACACGAACGCAAAACGAGUCAGAAGAUUAUGGGUGAAGAUGAAAACGCAUUCGCAUCUUCCUGAGCAUCCACCUUGGCAUCUUUUCUAUUUUUAGGAAAAGAUUGGUCAAGGAUGCUCCCAGGAACGAUACCUCUCCAACGGCUCUAAGAAGAAGUCGCGAAGGAUCUCUUCGAGUACUAUACGAGCCAAGAAACGCGCUCCGAUGAAGCAUUUGUUUUGGAUGCAAUCGAAACAUUUCCAGCUAUAUGGCAAUAUAUUUAGAAUAUAAUGUCCUUAAUCUUGAUGAAACCUAUCUCCCUUCUAAGUACGCUUACGCAGUUUCUAAAUAAGAAGUAUUUUUUACUUGGCGGUAUAGUUGAUAAGGUUGAAAUUAAAUACAACAUAUCUUAUUUUCAUAAGUUACCGCGACGGGCUUUGGCGGAUACGGAUUUGACGCGUCGUUGCAACGCGACAAGGGACUGAUUCGUGCUGUUUUCCAGCAGAGCUCCGCAGGCAGCACAGCACGAAAGAUAAUAAACUAUAUGAGCGAGGAACAGAAGAAGGAUCAUACCAAAAUAUGCGGAUGGUAUGGGCAAAAGGUUGGAGCAGAGCGAAUAAGAUACGACCUGGUGGAUGGGGAACAGGAACCCAAAAGCCAAGAUCAGGGGCUCUGGCAUGGGCAUUACUGACGCGACAUUACCUAUCAUGAGAGAAUUUUUGGGAGGGGUCUUUACAGGCCCAGGCAGUAAGAACAGACUUUUCUCUUAUAGAAGUCGGUCUGUGUUAUUCUCUGCAAUCAAUAUUUUACUGCAAUGAGCUUGCAACCGUGAUCACAAACCGUAAUGAAAAUAGAUUCUUGCAACCAUCAACGUGAUCACAAACCGUAUUAAUGAAAAUGAAUUAAUGUCGUCUCGCCCAGAUUAUAUCUUAUUGUUUCCGAAGAUGAAAUAAUUACUUAUAAACCCGAAGGAUAAUUUAUCCUCGAUGAAUGCAAAUCCUGUUUCAGCUGUCGACUCGUCCUUUCUUGAAAUUGUUCCUGUCGAUUUUUCCUGUUGGGAAUUCAAUCCUGCUGGUCACGCGCAUGUAGGUCACAUCACGCUCCUUUUUACUUCUACGUGGUUGGGCCUUGAAACAACAACUAAAGAACGACGAGCUGUUGAUUCCUGUAAAUAAGGAUGUUGAGGUCACCACGACGACCCACCUUGUUGCCGUUCGCGAAACUACAAGAACUUAAUCGUGAA